AUGCGAGUUUCUCGGCGCUCGGCCGCCCGCUGUGCCCGGAUCGCGGCUCUGGGGCUGCUCCUGGUCGUCGCCUGGGCGGUGCAGGGCGGCCGCGCGGCCGCGGGUGCAGGCGAUGAUGGCGGAGGAGAUGUCCUGGCGAUUGCGCAGAGCGUUAUGGCAAAGGUGAGGGACCUCCAAGCACAGGUCAAGACCGGCGACUUGGUACCCAACUUCGGCGAGAAAGCCGCAAGUAUCGUGGCAGAGGCGCGCCAGGGCGGCGCAGAUCUCGAGAAAGCGGUGGAAGGAGCCCUGGAGCCUUUGUUCAUCAAGCAGAUCCACGAGUUGAAGAGCAAGCACGCCAUCUCAGACGUGCCUUGCGACUUGGACGCGGUGGACGAAGAGGAGAAGAAGUUCAAAGCCGAGGACAUGUUCAGAGCAUCGGAUGACCCGAAUCCGGGCCACUACCCAAGUCCCAAGAAGAACGCCAACUGCCAAGGAAAGUCGCGAUAUCAAUUCGCCGUGAGCUUGAUCCAAGAGGGCUGGGAGACAACCGUGUCCAAGAAACAGAACAGCUGGAUAAACAUGGGCGUGGUUGGAGCACUCAUUCUCAGCAUCUUGUAUUCAGCCAUGAACCAGCCAUUCGAGAAGUCGUCCGCAGAUGACAUGUGGCGUGACUUGCGCGAUCUUGGAGCGAAGGCGAUACUCUGA